AUGUUCCGAUUAUUUCUUGCACUAAGCUUCGUUUUUAUCCUGGGCACCCUUGUAGUCUCAAAGAACCAAUCGGGUUCGAAGAAUGGAACAGAGCAAAUUAAGUGUGUGGAAAGUAGAGACGGCAGAGAUGGUCAAAACGGAAAAGAUGGCCGAGAUGGACGCGACGGGAAAGUGGGAACAAAGGGAGUCAAAGGGGAGCAGGGCUUUCAUGGGAAAGAUGGAAUAAAUGGAACAAAGGGUCAAAAAGGCGAAACCGGUCCGGCUGGUAAAUCACCUCAAGGUGCCAUCAAGUUUGGUGACACUGCUGAGAAAUGUAGUCUGCGAACUGCUGGCACUGUUCGUUACAAUGCUUCACAAAAUGCCUUGCAACUAUGCGAUGGAAGUGCUUGGUUGCCAUUGGUGACUGGAGGGAAAGGUCACGUGGCCAGUAGACCUGGUCGUCACUGUAUGGAUAUCCUAAAAUCAGGUGACAGGCGUGGUAGCGGACUUUACUGGAUCGAUCCAAACGGAGGCUCGACAGGUGACUCGUUCCAGGCUUUUUGCGACAUGGAGACUGAGAAUGGAGGUUGGACACUAGUUUCCACCAAGGUUUCCCCAAGCUUCAUCUCUAUAAAGACAGCAUUUUCAGCAUCAGCAGCAAAAUCCACAGACACAGAUGCAGCGAGUCACAUCCACCCUGAUAUGAGGGACUGGAAGGAGGUCAUGUUCCGGUUUAAUGACGUCAAUACCAUCAGGGUCAUUUACAACAGGAAGGCAGGCGCUCCAAAUAAGGACAAAACAGAGUUCGAAAAUUUAUUAAUGGGGAGAUCCGGCGGGAAGCUAGGGAACGUCUUUGGGUUCUUCAAGUACAGCCCUGCAGAUCGCCACAAGAAAACUCCAGCUGUGGGUUUUGCCAGAUUACGUCUAGACUUUCGAUCGGGCAGGAUUUCAGAAUAUUUUACGGACAGCGACAAGUGGAUUGACAUGUGGACUAGUGUCGACGGCUCAGACAACUACGUCACUUCCGACGACCGCCGCGCGCGCGGUACCAAGUGUAUCGCGGGCUACUGUUAUCUGAACAAACCAAUCUGGGUGAUGGUGCGAUAGAAACAAACUGUAGUUUGAAACUAAGAAAAGGCGCUGUCAAGUUUCUGUAAGGUGUUGCAUGGGAUUAUAAAAAAGUAACUUGUUAUAACAGCCAAACCUUGUUG